GCUAGUUAUUAUAAAACGGCUAGUUCUUUUUCACUUCCUCUCUCACCUUUCCUUGGACCUUGUUCUCAAUCAUCACACCUCUUCCUCUAGUUUCUUAAUUUUCUCUCACAAUCGCACUAAGGAACAUUCCUCUUCAUAGAACACAUAUUCUUUAUAUCAUUGCAAUUACAUUUUCUUGGGAAAUUCGAGGAAACGGUUUAAAGAAUAUCGAAAAUGUGGUCUCACCACGAGAAUAAUAUCCCGGCGAGGGGCUUUUCGACUCCGCCGCCGUCAUGGAAGUCGCCACAUUGUCUAGCGGCGAUGCCCAUGUCCGAGAGGAAGAGUGUGUCAUCUGGGUGCAAACGUGAUCUCUUCCACGUCAUUCAUAAAGUGCCCGCAGGUGAUUCUCCCUACGUCAGGGCCAAACACGUUCAGUUGAUAGAAAAAGAUCCAAGCAGGGCUAUUUCCUUGUUCUGGGCUGCUAUAAAUGCUGGGGAUCGGAUUGAUAGUGCCUUGAAAGACAUGGCAGUGGUGAUGAAACAAUUGAAUCGAUCUGAUGAAGCAAUUGAGGCAAUCAAAUCUUUCCGUCGUCUAUGCCCUUAUGAUUCUCAGGAAUCUAUAGACAAUGUGCUAGUUGAACUCUACAAGAGAUCUGGAAGAAUUGAGGAGGAGAUUGAAAUGCUGCAUCUCAAACUGAAGAACAUAGAAGAAGGUAUAGCUUUUGGUGGGAAGAGGACAAAGACUGCAAGAUCUCAAGGGAAGAAGAUUCAAAUAACAGUUGAACAAGAAAGAUCAAGGAUAUUAGGGAACUUGGCCUGGGCUUACUUGCAGCAUCAUGAUUAUGGUUUGGCUGAACAGUAUUACAGGAAAGCUCUGUCUUUGGAGCCAGAUAAAAACAAACAGUGCAACCUGGCAAUCUGCUUGAUGCAUAUGAACAGAAUUCCUGAAGCAAAAUCUCUGCUUCAGGCUGUAAGUGAUUCAUGUGGAAGCAAACAGAUGGAUGAUUCCUAUGCUAAAUCCUUUGAGCGUGCUGUUGAUAUUCUGACUGAAUUAGAGUCAAAAUCAGUGUUAAAACCAGCUGAAGAGGACAAGGAGAACCAAAGAUCUUUGGCAUCACCUUUGCUAUCAGAUAAGCAUGAUAGAGGAUCUUAUUGUGGAAUCCACUCUGAGGAACAGGGCAACUUCAUCAGUUCCAGUGGAAAAGGACCAGGUUUAGCAAACAAGAGAAUGCUUGAUUCCCCUGCAGCUGUUCUAUAUACACAACCAAAAAGAGUUAUGGGGAGAUCUGAUGAAGAGGAACAGAGAAGAGGGGUGGGAUGGGAAAACGAUACAGUGGAGAAACCAUCUAAAAAUGUGUCUGCUUGUAUUAUCCGGAGUCUUGACGGAGAACUACUAGACCCACCUGCAGAGAGAAAUUGGAGAGAGAAGUCAUGGACAGAGGUUGCUCAAGGGAAGAUCACAGGAGUAACAGUGCCAUAUCAGUUUUCACAACCCAGGAUAAGGGCUUUUACUGGAUAUAAUGAUGCCCAUUUAAAAGAUGAAAAUGUGACCAAGUCUGACUCACAGCAGCCAAGCUGGAGAAGCAAUGCCAGGGAAACCGGUGGCCAGAUGGGAUCUACAAAUGAAAAAAGUGAUGCCAGUUCUAAAUUUCACCUGGAACAAAAUAUGGUUGUUGAUGAUGCAAGACAAUCAGAAACUUCCAUUGAUGGCAAAUGUGGUCAGACUUUUGGCAUCAAUGGAUGUCUUGGAAAGAACAGCUCAAGCAAAUUUGCUAUUAAGAGCUGGGCAGAUAUGGUUGAAGAAGAAGAAGAGAAAUUAUUAACGGGAAAAGAUCUGAGUCCUUAUUUCGAUGGUGGUUGGGAUUAUGAAGAAGAAUCUGCUGAUGAAAAUCAGGAUUCCAAUAUAAUUCAUCAAACUUCUUGUCCAAAGAGUCCAGCAGAAGCUAUAAACCAAAAGUUCGAAGCGUUUGAUCUAAAGGAUGGCUUCGCUGCAUUCAGCAAUGCUGUUUCACCAAGGAAUCCAACAGUCCGGCGUUCCUUACGUUUUGAUGCCAAGAAUGAUUUCAGUACGAGGAAGAAACACAGGUUGCAGGUUUUCCAGGACAUAACUCCUUCUAUAGAUAGUCCAUGAGCUUGAAGAUAUGGCUUGAACUUCACCCCAACGUGUUUUGAAGAGUACUGUGUUUUUGUGAAUAUCAGUUGUUUGGACUGCAGUGCCUUUGGAAUCAGUUUUGGGUAUUAGGGUCCUGUUCUACAUCACAUCCUUGCUUGGUGAGAGUCCCUGUUGCAUCAAGCCUUGUAUAUUCAAAUCAUUUAGUGUGAUCAGCACAUUGUAAAAAGAAGUGUUCUUGUCAUUGAAAUAUAUAAAUAUGAUUGUGUUUCAUUGAUUCA